UCUGUAUUCAAUUGUCACACCGUGUCACAUGUACUAUGGACUGUGUAAAAAGAUAUGUAUUUGGACUGAACUCAUAUUAAUGGCAAAGUACUGAGUGCAGUCGGAAUAACUCGGCAUCAUUCAUGGAAAAACAAGGUCAUAUUGUUGUGUGUAUUUUCGCCAUCCUUGGUGUCUGUCUCACACCAGUAUAUGCCUUUCAGUGCCUCUCCUGCCAUGAUAUAGACGAUCCAUAUAAUUGCAACAAUACGACUUCUUGUUCCGGCUCUCAAGAGUUUUGUUUUCUCCAUGUGCAAGGAGGUAUUUAUAACAUGGGAUGCGCUGACAAUCAGUAUUGUGGCGGCAUUUCAACAACAGACAUAACUGGACGCAGUAUAAAGAACCGUCAGAUAUUAAAUAAUGGUGUAAAUAGUGCCAGUAAUGAAUGUCUGGAGUGUUGUUCUUCUGACAGUUGUAACUCUGAUCUGUGUUAUCAUCUGAAACCUUCAGUAUGCCAGGAUGAUGAAACAGUUGAUUGUGCAAAACUGAACACGCUGUUUCACGUAUGCAAGGAUAUACAUCAUGCAAAACUGGUUUGCCCAAAAUUUUGCAGUCUGUGCUCUUUAGUUGAUGGAAACUGGGCAGAGUGGUCAGUAUGGUCAGGUUGUAACGUACUGUGCGGAAAAGGUACCCAAACUAGGACAAGAACUUGCACGAAUCCCUCACCUGCACAUGGCGGUUUGUACUGUGAAGGAAAUGCUAGAGAAACCCGAGAGUGUCAGGCUUCGUCAUGCCCAGUUACCUCUUGCGGCAGUAAGUUGCAAUACAACUCCAGUUUUACUAACGUUGCACGAGGAAAGCCUGUCACACUCAGUUCAGAGUACGACAAAAUUGGCACCGGGAAUCUGAUGGUUGAUGGUUCACGUAACAGUACCUAUCCAUGUACACAUACAAAUAUACAGUUAGAUCCAAACGCAGUGGUUGACCUAGGAAAAGCCUAUCCAUUAUAUUCAAUGUACAUAGUAAACCGACAAGACUGCUGUACUGAACGAUUGCAUGACGUAGAGAUACUGAUUGGAGAUGAUCUUUCUAAUCUUCAAACAGUUGCUAGACACAAAGCUGCCAUUGGAGCUGACUGCACAUUCCAGUUUGACAGCCCUGUGAGUGGUCGUUACGUCAAAGUUCAACUAGACGCAACAGAAUACCUUACAAUAUGUGAACUAGAAUUAUACAGCAAAGUGUGAAGAAUAUAGUGCCUGUAAAUGUUCUUCUCUAGUUUUGCCUUUCUUUACUUCUUUUGUGGAAUCGUUUCUUUCCAGAUUUAUUUUUGCGAAAAUGAACAUUUGAUAAUUUUAAAGCAAAAUUAAAUCCCUCGCAAACAAAAAUAUCU